AGCCUGUCGCGACGAAUGGGCGGUGUGAAGCGACAAUCACGUGUUUUAUCCUCUUCCUGCUUCGCCUCCUUUCGACCUUCGCCGGUGUUAUGGAGGAAUACACACGGGAGCCGUGGUAAGUUAGCGAUUCGCCCUUCUCAGCGAAAGCAAAGCAACAGUCCAUGGAGGAUUGUAGAUGACUGUGGAGGGGCGUUCACUAUGGGAAUGAUUGGAGGUGGCAUAUUUCAGGCUAUCAAAGGAUUCAGGAACGCUCCACAGGGAAUAAAGCAUCGCUUUAAGGGUAGUCUUAUUUCAAUCCGAACACGAGCUCCACAGCUUGGAGGGAGCUUUGCAGUGUGGGGUGGCCUGUUUUCCAUGAUUGACUGCAGCAUGGUAAAGAUGCGUGGGAAAGAGGACCCAUGGAAUUCCAUUACUAGCGGGGCUUUAACAGGAGCUAUUCUGGCUGCCCGAAAUGGUGCAGUUGCUAUGGUGGGAUCUGCUGCAAUGGGAGGAAUACUUUUAGCCUUGAUAGAAGGUGCUGGUAUUUGUAUAACUCGAUUCGCCUCUUCACAGUUCACAAAUGUUGCACCGAUCCCAGAGGAUGGAUCCCAGAUGCCUCCUGGCUCCCCAUUUGGUGGCUAUCCGCAGUACCAGUAAUACGUUGGUAAUUCUUCACAAGUAUUUUAAACGCCACAUCAUGACCUGCCUGAACUUUCCUGGACUUCCUGUACAUUUCUGGACCUGGGUAUCCAGAUGUUACUGUGCGCUCAUCCUUUGGAUAUGACUCUUGCUAUUCAUGCAUGGACAAUAAGCUGGUACACAGAAUUCAUGGGCGUGUAAAGCUUGGAAAAAAAAAAAAAAAUAUAUAUAUAUAUAUAUAUAUAUAUAUAUAUAUAUAUAUAUGAAAUUCUCCAUUACCUGCGUUAUUUUUUUUUAUUUGAUUAUAUAUAGUUCUCACAUAUUCUUCUAGCCAAGCACAGUUGUUCUUGUGUGCAACAUAAUAUAUUGAAACAAAGUUUAUCCAUCUUGUAAACUAAAGGCCCAAUGGAUGUCCAGACUGGUCUCAAAUGUUUAAAAGCCUUUAAUCUCUUCAGCAAUUAGCGAACCGCUAAUAAACCCAUCCUAGUUGGAAAA